GCGCUUCAUCGCUUUGUCAUGUAGCAAAUUUUGAUCAUGUUUGCAGUCCAUUCGACUUCGCAGUUAUCGUCAUGGUCGACAUUUAGUACAACAACCAUAAUAUAGAUCUUCAGAUAUAAUACAAUUUCAAGUUUCCAUGUGCAUCCUCUUUGUGUCUUUCGGAGUCACUUAUUCCGAUAAUUUUGAAUUACAGAUGAGGUUUCAUUUAUCUACGGUAUAAAAACGAUUUCUUUCCCUUAUAAAGUGUCCGUAAUAACUGACAAUUAACAUGAACUUUUCCAAUAUUUCUGUAAAUGGAUCUUUUCCCGGUGCGUCCCCGGCAUGGAUUCGUUAUCACUCAGCCUUUACGGCUUGGUUUGCCAGUAAUCUGUUUGUGGGAUUAUCAGGCGGUAUUCUCUCCAUGAUCCUAGCUGCAUCGAUAUUUUUUCAUCGACAAGUUCACUGGGGCUGCCAAGUGCUGAUAAUUCAUUUGCUACUGAUCCAGGCUAUAACUUGUGGAGGCUUCGUCAUAACCCUAUCCUUCACAAUGUACUUUCCCGGACUCCAAAUUGGUCCAACCGGAUGUACCUAUUUUUACUUUGGAUUAUUAUGGGUUGUGGAUGCCGGUCAGUGGUCGCAGUGUUUCCUGGCGGUGAACCGCCUUAUUGCCAUUGUAAAUCCCCAUAGGUAUGCCGCCUGGAGGACGCGCCGUGUUAUCAUUUUAAUUAUAGUCCUCGGCUGGUUGGUUCCCUUUACGGCCAAUCUUCCCAUAAUCCUGGAAAUUGUUGGAAAGAUCGUCGUGACCUUUGCCCCAUGGCGGGGAUGUAAUUAUCGCAAUCCGUUGAACGCUGCUUCGAUGAUCUUGUUUACGAUUGGGUUAUAUUUGCCGAUUGGCCUGACCUUUCUGUGCUACUUCACAAUUAUGUUGGUAGAAAUUCGCAACAGGUUUUGCGGUGGUCGUAAGGUAGGGAACAGCGACGAGGUGGCCCUAGUGGGUAAUUUAAAGCUUAUGAAAAGGCGAUUGAUAAUUGUAAAGAUGUUGUUUGCGUCUACGAUGUGGUUCACAGCUAGUUAUCUGCCGUAUAUCGUCAGUCUUACAUAUUUUCAAGGAAUUCAUGCGCAAAAUCCAACCCUUGUACUGUGGCUCCGAUUGCUUUAUUACACUGGAUGCGCUGGAUUACCGGUGACUUUCCUCAUCAUGUGUAAAGAUUACCGGCAUGCAGUUACAGUGAUGCUUCUGAAAUUGUUUUCUUUCAAGCACACCGUCAUCCCGCCCAAGAAAAGCUCAACACAACAAAAUACCAUAAGCUUAAAGGAAACAAAAAGGCCACAGCUUCUCAAUUUCCAGAGAAGUCAGUAUCGCGAAUCCUCUUGCUGA